AUGGCUCGUAGGUCGAUGUUUGAUGCCCCCAAACGAGCGGGAGCCGCGCCGGGAGCCGCGGAGGAGCCGGCGAGGAGCGGCGGCCGCGGCCCGCGGGAGCCAACAAGUGAGGAGGCGCCGCGUUCCGGGCGCAGCGGGCGGCGCAGCGGGCGCGGGAGAGGCCGGCGAGCCCCGACCCGGCCCGGCCCGACCCGACCCGACCUCGACCUCGACCCGGCCCGGCCCGGCCCGGCGGCUGAGCGCUGGUUGGCGGCGGCCCGCGUGGCGCUCGCUGCAGGCGCGUCCGGAGCGGCCGGUCCCGGGAACAUGCGGCGCGCCUGGGUCCUGCUCGCCCUGGGCCUGGCGGCCUGCGCGGCGGCGGCGAGGGCGGAGCUGACCUCCGACAAGGACAUGUACCUGGACAACAGCUCCGUUGAGGAAGCCUCGGGAGUGUAUCCCAUCGACGACGAUGACUACGCCUCCGCUUCAGGCUCGGGAGCUGACGAGGAUGGAGAGAGCCCCGAGCCGACGGCGUCCCAGCCGCUCCCCAACGCAGGGCCCACGAGUGCCGUCCCCGCCGCGGAGGCCACGACGCUGAAGACCCGCGGGAAGGAGCCUGCCCAGACGGAGUCCCCUGAAGAAAUCGGUGAGGACAAAGUCCGCCUCUCUGACUCCGAAAGGAAGGUGGACCCGUCCGACGAGGACGCAAACGUGUACACGGAGAAGCACUCGGACAACCUGUUUAAGCGAACGGAAGUCCUGGCGGCUGUCAUCGCUGGCGGCGUGAUCGGCUUUCUCUUUGCGAUUUUCCUUAUCCUGCUGUUGGUGUAUCGCAUGAGGAAGAAGGACGAGGGGAGCUAUGACCUUGGAGAACGCAAACCUUCCAGUGCUGCUUAUCAGAAGGCCCCCACUAAGGAGUUUUACGCGUGAAACUCCCACCUAGUGUCUCUAUUUAUGAGAUCACUGAACUUUUAAAAAUAAAGCUUUUGCAUAGAACAAUGAAGAUCUUUGUUUUUUGUUUUUUUCUGUUUUUUUUUUUUUUUUCAUUAAAGAGCCAUUGUGGCACUUUGAUGAUUAAAAAAAAAAAAAAUCCAAAUUGUAUUUAAAGCUUUCCAUGUAUUUCUUUAGGACGACGUAAAAUUAAAGCUUAACAUCUGCGGUGUUCUGUGAAUAGCAGUGGCAAAAUAUUAUGUUAUGAAAAUCCUCUCUGUUCAUGGAAUCGGUUUGAACUUUCACGCGCAAAUACAAAAAAUGGUUGUUUUUAUCCUACGGUUCGAAGAUGAGAGCUGUUUAGUUUGCGUCCGCAUGUCUCCGAUCGACCUUGACCAACGUGGUCUUUGUUAAUUUAUCUGUUGUUCCCCUCUCCUCUGCUCUUCCCCCUUGUCCCCUUGAAAACGCAACAAGACGCUCUGCCUUUUGUAGCUGUUACGGUGCAAUUUGUCUUUGGAUAAUUCAGAUAAUGGUAAUUUAGUGUAUAUGUGAUUUUCAAAUAUGUAAACUUUAACCUCCACUUUGUAUAAAUUUUUAAGUGUCAGACUAUCCAUUUUACACUUGCUUUGUUUUUCAUUACCUGUAGCUUCAGGCAGAUUUGCAACAGCAAAUUAAUGUGUAAAAUUGGAUUAUUACCACGAAAACUGUUCAGUCGUAGCUGUCUAAUCAGAUCUUCUCUCGGGAGGAUUUGAUGCGAGUUACUGACGAGCCUCAGCAAACCCAAAGACGCUAACAGUAUUUUGAGAAGUUGCUGCAGAUUCCUUUGGCCGCUGUAUUUGUUCAUUUCUUGCAAUUUGAAGGUACGAGUUAGGGGUUUAAGGGAAAAAAAAAUCAGUUUCUGUUCUUAAAAAUGCAUUUAAGUUGUAAACGUCUUUUUAAGCCUUUGAAGUGCCUAUGAUUCUAUGUAACUCGUCGCAGACUGGUGUUCAUGAGAAUAUAUAUCGGUUUAAAAAAAAAAAGUUGGUAUUUUAUAAGCACAGACAAUUCUAAUGGUAACUUUUGUAGUCUUACGAAUAGACAUAAAUUGUAAUUUGGGAACAUAAAAACUACUGAAUAAAUCACGUGGCCUAAUGUUGAAAACGUCACUGUUCUAAAUUCUGUACAUUUCUCCAUCAAAUGUACAUCCCCCCCCCCUGCCCCGUGCAAGUGACCACCUGCUCUCGAGGAUGACGUGGGUUUGAUUUCUGAGCGUUCCUCGGUGUCUGCUCAGUGAGGCUGUUUAGUACCAGGUUCGCCCCUGAAUCGGCCAGAGGAGAUCUGAGCGCGUCCUCCGGGGCGCGUUAGGGCGUAGGUUCGGGAAGACGCCAGGGCGCGCGGUGUGAAGGUCGCACCCUCUGUGGGGCGGCUCAGGGCAGCAUUGGGACGGAUGCCUGCUUUUGCAGACGCUCUUCCGAGUGUAAAUCCCAAAGAACCGAAGGCCACGUGCCCGACGUGUCGCUGUCUAAGGUGGCGUCCCAUAGACUGAAGACUGGUUUCCGCCUGGAAGCUGUGCCCCGGGUCUCUGGAGCUUACCCGAAGGCCCCGUAGGUGGGAUGAGGCCGCGGGCACAUACGGGGGGCCUCGCGGCCCGGGAUGGGAAUUGCUGGGAAGCAGGGGCGCCCGAGCGGAGAGGCAAGGCUGAGGGUGCCCUGCCUGGGCGUUUCCUUCCAACAACAUUUCCUUGUCUGUUGUAGCCAUAAAUUUUGUUUUCCUGUGCGAGCCGCCAAAGGAGGAAGAGGACCGCAAAAAACAGCAACCCUUUCGAUGCAUAAUGUACUUUCAAUAAAGUGUGAAUACUUCAUUUAGAGAACGUUCCCUGGAAUUGCCACAUAACUCACCAAAAAAAAAUAAUAAUAAUUUAAGCGGCGCUCGGAGCGGUGUUUACUUAAGUUUUUUAAUGGCCUUAAUUCUC